AUGUCCGAUAUCACUGAGGGAAUCCGCACUCGCCGAGACAAUAAGUUCAAACACCCAGGCUUGCCAGACCUGCCAGUGCAAGGACGAGUUCCGCGACGUAGCAAGGCCCAGAAAGCAGAGGACGACAAAAUCCUUGAGGAAGCCCACCAAGCUCAAGAGCGGGCUGCAGUCGAGGGGCUGCAGUGGCUUGCUGCAAUGCAGAUGGUGAUGGAGGAGGCAGAGGAACAAGGCGUGGUGACUAAACCAAAGCCAGUCAAACCCCAUGCUCGCCCUGUCAAGAAAAAAGUAGUGCCUGCCAAACCAGCUGGUACCGGCGUCGAGGACCAAGAAGAAAGCAGCCAGGACACCAACAUUGAGGAUGGAACAAAGAAGAAGAACCAGAGGGCCGUCAAAACAUCUCUGAAGGACGCAAUCAACAAUGCACGAGGCUCACUCACAGGAAAGGUUGAGUUAAUUCAGGGGCCACGUGUUGGCGACAAGAAAGGAAAGUCUUCUACAGCAACGACCAACCCCAAGUUUUCAUUGAUAAAGCGCGUUGAUGGUUGGAUUUCUGAUAUUUCACCAGACACAACCGAACUACUCAAAACUUCCAGCGCUUCUAAGACUCGUACCACUGCCUCAGCUUUGUCAUUGGCGCAUGGGCCACCAAGCAGUGCUUUAUCCAGUUCCUGCGCUACAUCAGGUUUGGCCAUAACUACCAAGUCCUCCAAAUCUAAGGCCCCCCCUGCUCUAGCUAAUGCAUCUGAUGCUCCCAAGGCUCUUGUUGGCCGCUUUGAUGACGAGUCGGAUGAUUCUCAGGAAUGUUUGGAUGCCUUCAUUCAAAAGACGAAGGGGAAGCAGUCUUCACUUAGGAUUACCUCAGAUGCAAUGCCUGAGGAUGCGCUGUCUUCAACAGAGGACUUACAGGAUAUUGAUAUCGACGCACCAAUGGACCUGGACGAUGCAUUGGUGGACCUGGAGGACAAUUUGUUUGAGGGCAAAGAUGCCAGGAUGUCCAAGGCGGUGGACAGUGACAGCAGCCUAAGCAAUGGAAUCUUGUUCCAUCGGAGUAAGAAGCGCAAGCUUGCAGACACCAAAUCCUCCACCCUUGUCUUGGAGAGUACCCCCUACGAGGAUACAUCAGAUGUUGAGGUUAUUGAUGUCCCUUCAGGCCCUGUCGCAAUGGCCAAUACAACGAAGACAGCUGUGCAUUUGACCUCUUCGACUGCCAUUGCUGUCUCCCAGUUGGCCACCACAAAGAUGCAACCACCUGCAAAGAAGGUGAAAAUUGAAGAGGACAUUGAUGCCAGCACCGCGCAACUAACGCUCACAGCCCCACCUGGCUAUUGGAUUGAGAAGCAAUACAAGACGCGCUCGAGCUACCGAAACUAUCAUCUCCCUCCUCAUUGCCAAGAUCAACGGUGGCCGAAGCAGUUCCUCCCAACACUUUACCUGUGGGCCGGGAGUCAAAAUGACCUCUGGCAAUUCUUAGACGCUCCUCUGGUCGAGGCACUCCAAUCCAUUUAUGAUGUCGUAUAUUCAGAAGAAUCAGAUCUUGAUUACAAGGUGACCGCUCAAGGGUCUGUCUUUGGCGUUGCCAUCCAACGUCUCGCAGAGUGGCGCAGCAAUUUUGGAUCAACGGGACUGGCUAGUAUGAUGGAUUUUUUCACUAGGAAUGCUGACACUGAUCCAGAAACACUUGCUGACGCGCUUCUGGAGGACUUCGCUUUCAUUUAUGAGGACAUGGAAAACCUAGACCCGAUGCAAGCCUUCCGGUCUCCAUUCAUGUUGCAGCUCUUCGCAACCGCUCAUCUUCACGCCAUUCUCGGGCAUGUUGAAGUCCCCGCACUUAAAACAUAUGUGCUGUCUGUCGUCGGGAUGACUGGUGUUAUUGGCAUUUGUGCAGCUUCACUCGAGCGCGCCAUCAAACGUCUCCGUGUCAAUGCCAUUGACAUUGAUGUGGACACCCUAGAUCUGGGUCCUGCACAAAUGAAGCGCAAGCUGCGGACACCAAAGACCUUCAACAAGGCCACCGGCAAGGAUAGCACUACCGAGAAUGCCUUCUCCAUCAACAACUGGGGAUCAGUAACUGCAUCAUAUGUGGUUGCUAUCAAGGCGAAAGGAGACGACUACAUGAGGACCACAACAUUAACGGCUCGGAAAUUGCUGAAGAAAUCGGGCAGUGUCGGCCUCCAGAAGUACUUUCGCACUGAUGAUGAUGGCUCAGAGGCCGUUGACAUCCGCGCCAUCCUGUGGUAA